UCCAACCCUGUGCUCGGCAGCCAGUCAGGAGCUCUGCAUCACAGCACUGCUUUCAGAGUGGGCUUUUCCUUCUUCCCAAGCUCUACAAAAUGGGUCUCAGCUCUUCCAAGACGCACCCCAGGGUGACCCAGGUGGCACCGAUGCUCAGCAGUGAGGAGGUGCUGGGGGACCCCAGCCUGCACCCAACAGCCACAACGGAGCAUGGACAUCCCAUAGCCCAUGGGCAGCUCCCACCCCUCCGCCAGACCGGGUAUGGGAGAGCCUCUACAGGGCCCUUUGACUUCAGCACUGUGCUGGUUGGAGAGAAUGGAGCCAGCAGCAUCAUCAAGCUGCACCCACCUCGGCAACCGCAGAGGCUUGAACCUGCUGGCACUCCAAGGGGGAUCACUGCUGCAAAGCCCUGGAGGCAGCAAGGGAUGGAUGGAACCCCAAAAGCCAAGACUCUGGAGAAGAGGGGGCAGAGCCUGAGAGCCCUCCCUGGCAGACGGCAGCACUUGCACAAGAUGCAGAUGCUGGACUUGACGCGCCGGCGCCGAGAGGCGGAGCUGAAGCGGGAUCUCCACAGGGAGGCAAAAAUCAAUGAACAAAAAAUGGAGGAAUUGGGUUCAGAGAUGGUCCUUGACACAUUUCAGAGAGGCGACAGCACCAGGAGCCAAGACCUCAUCCCUGCUGAGCACAGUCUGCAUUUUGAUAGUAACACUGGAAACAGAGGGGAUGGAGGAUUUGCAGGGCACCAUGCCAGAGCUGGGCUUCCCCUGGGCAGCAGCAGCAGCAGCAAGGUUGGGCUGUGGUUCUGCAAGGAGCCACGCAGCAGGGAUCUGCUCUGGGACACUUCCAGCACUGACUCUGAGGAGUGGGAGAGGGAAGAGAAGAAGCUUUACCGCAGACCUCCGCUGAUAGACCGUGACAUAGACAUGAUGUUUGCGAUGUGCAGCAUUUCUGAACACAGAGACCAGCAGAGAGGAGCACUGGAGAUGAGGUGGUUGAUGUGUGGACAGAAAUGACAUGUCUGGGUAUGUGAAAGAAUAUCUGGGGGAAAAGUGGUGUGGAGCGAACAACGAUAACAUGGGGGCAGAGGGAGGAGGAGGAGGCUGGCAGAACCAACAAGCAGGAGCUGGAGAAUAUUCUGGGUUAACCCCCAUAUUAAGUUCCAACUGAAAUAAAGUGUUUUGCUUUCCUUAAGGUCACUUGGGCCUUUCUGCUUGUUUUUAAUCCUGCAUCCUUUUCUAAGCCACAGAACAUCCAUUCAGAUUGAAAGGCAGAACGAUUGGUCAGAGGUCUUUUAAUAAACAUUCUGGUAUUUCUAAGUAUUUUAUUAUUACUUUUUAAAAUUUCCUUUCCUCUGUCCCAGGUGACUUUCCUUCACCUCCAGCUUUAAUGGAUAAUCUGCUAUAAAACAUCUACGUUUUGCUCACUUGGCAUUGAGAAGAGAGGUGGGUUUACUCUUCCUCCCAUCUCCCUCAUGGCCAUUCAUUUCCCUCUGCUGGAAAUCUUAUCCCCUUAGUUUUCAUGGCCUCAAGUUGCACCGGGGUAAGUUUAGGUUGGAUAUCAGGAAACACUUUACAGAAAUGUUGUUAAGCACUGGAAUGGGCUCCCCGGGGAGGUGGUUGAGUCACCAGCCCUGGAUGUGUUUAAAAACCAUUUGGACGUGGUGCUCAGGGACAUGAUUUAGUGGAGAGGUUGUUGGGGUAGUUUGGUUUGGUUGUGGUUGGACUUGAUGAUCUUGAAGGUCUUUUCCAACCUUAGCAUUUCCAAGCCAGGCCAUCUUGAAUAAGUGGAUCUGGUGUUGGCUCUCAGCAGGAGGCACGCUUCUACAUGUUUUUAGGGGAAUUAGGCACCCAUGGCUGAUUUGCUCUCAGCAGUUUUUAGCUGUUUGUCUCUCCAAGGAUUUACUGAAAAUCCCAGGGAAAGCAGGAUUUGGAAAUCAGAGCCAAAGCCUCAACUCAAAGCCAAAGCCUCCAUUCAGCACUGAUCUCUGUCUGCCUUCCUCCCCUCGCCCUUUGCAACCUCUCUGGAUGUAUAGCAAGCCUGUUCUUUGGGGAGAAAGCUGCUCCUUGGAGCCACGUGUGAGUGCAUGGAAAAGCCAAGAAAACAAAUUCCAGUAAGAAAACAGCUUUUAAUGAGAAAGAAGGCCUGCUAAUGAGUCUGGGUCCAGAGCAUGUGUUUUAAAAGCACCCCUGUGUGCUUUUCUUGUAAAUAUGGUCGUCGUGUGUGAGCUGGAAGGAUCCUGAGAGCUCUGAAUUCAGCACUGAGGGUAGGCUGGAAAGGUCAAUGAUUUAAUGGGCUGGAACAAUUAAUCUGGCACUUUUCUAUACACCUGUCCUCUUAAUGAUUCGACGCAUCUCCCUUCUGUGUUCCCAUCUGUCAACAAUUGAGCUGUAAUUGGUGUAAAUGCAAUUUAUCUCAGAUAGAGCUCAUUUGUUUCCCGAUAAUGGCGUUGCCAGCACUUGGGAAGAGCAGUGCCCAUGGAGAGGGUGUGCAGAGCAGUCUAUCCAUUGCACAGGCUGCAUGGAGACUCUGAGCAUUCAUUUAUCAACUCACAGUGUGCAAAAUUGGCUUUUCUGGAGGCAAUGAAGCCAGGAAACCCUCUUCCUGCUUCUCAUGCUCAAAGUCCUUUGACUGUUUUGCUUUCAGUUGUGUUAACUCAUCAUGACCUGGAGAGAGGCAAGUGGUAACUCGUCCUGCUCUCAAGUUUCUCAACAUCUGUUCAGAGGCUGGAAAUGAAAACGUUUUCUCUAUUACUGAAGUUGAAACUUAAACCUUUCUGCAAAUUCCAGAAGAUGGGGGGGAGGGGGAACACUACAAUGCCAGGGCUGCAACUCAGAGAGGUGGUUCUGAAAAGCUCCCUAUUCCAAAUGCUUGAUACCAUCUCAUCAUCUGAAGGAUGAGGUGCUACGCUAGGGGUGAGGUUUGCCGCUUGGAACUGAGCACAUGGUGCUCGUGCAAGUCAUGAUGGAAUGAAACUCCUGGUCUGAGGUUGCCUCCACAGCAAGGAGAGGCUGGAGAGGUCCUGUCAACUGUCAGGGAUUGGCAUGGGAUGAGCUCUGAAGGAACUCAUGAAGGACUGAAGGACAGCACAUGAGCAGGGGUUGAUUUUGGUGGUGCCAAGAGGCAAGGAUCCGCAGCAUGGAAGUGAAGUGGGAUUUGUCCGUUCUCAUUCAUUGCAGGGGAGCUGAACUAGAAGACUUCUAAAAGUCCUUUCAAUGAUUCUAGGAGAUGUAGUUCAGAUAGAUCUCUGCCCCGAGGCACGAGAGCAUAGGAUUUUCCCUGUGAAAGGGCUGUAAGAUGGGUUUGGUGGUGGACUUGGUAAGAUGGUGUAGUGGAAAUGCUGUCACAGCUUCAAGCAGUGAUGGAGCACCUGGUGAGAAGGAAGGGCCAACCCAGGUGAGCUCAGGUGCAAGCAAUGCAACUGAGUGACCAGAAGGGGUAAAGUCAGGAUCCAUCCCUUCCCAUACCUCAUUUAAAUGUUGGCAGUGGAAGCAAGGAUAUCUCACUGGAGAUCCCUGUAUACCUGUGGUCUUCCAAAGGUAAGCAGAUUAUUUUCUUUGUUUCUGUGUCCAUGACUGUUGUAUUUUAAGCAAACCUUCACCUGCUGCAGCCUGGGACUUUGCUAGUAUGCUGACACUGGUGCGCUUCCCAUUGUGUUACAAAUGGCCAGAGCAAGAUAAGUUUCUCUUGCUCAGGAUUAACCAAACUGAUUUUGCUGAAAAGUCCAGACAAAAUGACUGUGCUCAGCCUCAGGCAGGCAGUGGAGCUGGGGAAAGUCAGCACCAAUGGUUAAUGUCUGGCUAAAUCAUUAGUAAUUAAAUGCACCACUUAAAAGAAGAAAUCUUGAAGAACCUUUCCUCUAUAUUUAGAAAAGCUAGAUGCUACUGCAGAAGUCUGAAGGCCCAGGUUGCUGUAAUCUCUUUUCUUGUUCCUCAGCAGAAAUACAAUUUACUAACACUUAGCAAAGAGCAACAGCUGGUAAAGAAAACUGAAUGAAGCUCAGUGCUGUGCUGUAAUUGGCUCUCACCAUGCAGCCUGUGUUUAUGUCAUUUUCUCAUCUUCCCAGGCUCUGUUUUCAUCCGGUGCUCAGAGCACUAGACCUCCUUGAAUAGGAAUGUGGGUGUUCAGCACCAACCAGCAUCCUCCCUUCACCGACACCUGCAACCAUUCAAAAGCAUGAAAAAAAACCCACCAUCAAUAGCUCUUGGAUAUUUCCACUAACUUGAUUAAUCCCUUAUCUCCCUCCCUUGUUGGGACAUGUGACAGGCAGCGGGGAUGGUUUCAAUAAGCUCAGUUUCAGGCUGUACAUGAAGAUUAUGGUGUGAUCACUUGCUUGGUUUGUCUAACCAGAUAACCUCAGAUGGUGCUGCAGAAGCACAGCCCUAAUGCUCUUCUUUCCCAACUUUGGAAGUAUUGAUUAAUCCCUCUGGGUUCCCAGCUUUUCUAUAUGGGCUGAUGGUUGGACUAGAAGAUCUUAGUGGUCUUUUCAACCUUAAUGAGUCUAUGACUCAUUACUCAAGGAAGGUCAAGUGAUGGCACAGGGGACCCUGAGGAAAAAAGAGGGGUGGGUAUGAAGGGAUGGUGCAUUUUCUGGGGUGUCACACCCUGUUGGUAGUGCUGGGCUGCUGGCCAGGAGGCACAUGAUCUCUGAUGGGAUGGAGCUGCUUACAGAUCCCUCCUGUUCUGUGAGAGAACAAGCAUUUAUUCCUUGCUUAGCAAUAGGGUUGUAGCUUUUUGCCACCUACUGACGUGCUGUGGGAAUGGCUCAUCCUGCAGUUCCCUGCAUGAAGUCUGAUUGUGCAGUCAGCAUCUGCUGAGCAGUCCACAAGUAUGAGAGAGCAGGUACCUCCCUUGGCACACAGAUGGGAGAGCAGGAUGCAUUUGAUCAGUUGUUCCUUGCUAUGUAGGAGCUGAAGAUCCCAGUGGAUCUCUUCAAAUUCAGGACAUUCUGUGAUUUCAGGAUAAUUCUCUCCUCGUCCCACACCUUGAGUACUUCUUACUGCUUCCUUCCAAAGAGCAGCACCAUGGGAGAAAUCUGACAUUCCAUUUGGCUUCUUCUCCUUUUAUCUCUUCCCCCAUUCCUCUACUUCUUCCCCUUCCACCUACUCCUAAAGUCUCUGCUGACUUUGGCCCUUGCCCAAGGCAUCUUCCUCCUUACUGGUGGACAGAAGCUCUCUGCAGGAUCCGGAGUGUUGCUUAAGCUUCACUUAAACCCUCUGCUGAUGCUUUAAGCAACACACGAUGCUGAAAGUGCUGACUCAUUGCUCAGAGUGAAUUUCAAAACUUGUGAGACAGCCAAGAGUACUUUUUGUUGUCUUUUUCUGGAGAUGCUGGAUGAUGUGUCAUCUCUGUGGGCAGUUCUGUUGUGGCUCUUGUUCUCUCAUGCAGUUUGACAAAGCUCAGCUCAGCUGAGUCCUCUCUGUGCUUACCAAGCAUGGUCAUCCUUGGCCUCCCUGUGACUCUUAGUGUAAAUGAAGUGUCCCAAUUUGUGUUGGUUCCAGGGAUCCCCCUUCAUCUACUCAGAGCUUCUCUCAUUUUUGUCUGUUCAUAAAGUGACCUGGGUUGAAAAGGACCUCAAAUUUGAUCUACUUUCAAACCUCCUAAUGUGGGCAGGGUCACCAACCACUAGAACCAGGCUGCCCAGAGCCACAUCCAGCCUGGCCUUGAGUGCCUCUGGGAAUGGGGCUUUCAUUCAUUCAUUUCAGCUUUUGUUCUUCUUAGUUUCCAUCAGCACUGUGGUUUGCUAACGUGCAUCUUAAGUCAGGGGAUAGACUAAAACUGCCAUGCUGCUGAUCCAGCCUUGAAUUCCCUGUUCCUGUGUAGUCAUUGUGGGACACAAAGUUACCUGUGCUGGCAUUUAUUAGCUGGUAGUACAACAAAUGACCCUUUUAAUCAAAUCAGGCUUUAUGCAGCAUAUGAUGUUGUUGAUAAUGACUGAACAGGCUGCAUUAACUCAGAACUUGCUUAAAAUGCUGGCUCACAACUCUUCUGGGAGAAAAGCAAAGCAGGGCACUGCUAGUUUUGUGGUCUCACUGAACUUGUGUGGCCAGCUACCUGCCUCUAUCUGGUCACCAUUUGAUCCUUGUUGCAACUGCCACCCUAGAAUAAUCAAUGUGGCUUACAACUGACUUCUGUACUGUGAGAACAGCGAGUUUCAAAGCCAGGCACCCCUUCUAUUUACCACACAAACCACCUCAUUCAGCUUGGCCAAGCUGACCUAAAAAAUACAGCCUUUUGCCACACAGAGCCUCCCUUGUGAGGCUUCUCACUGGAGCAGAUUUGCCUCACAGUGCUCUUCUGUCUUUAAAAAAAAAAACCCCUAAGUGCAGCUCCCCAUCUCUCCAUCCACAUGGACACCAGGACCUCACGUCACAGCCACCACUGAGGCUGUGUGUGUGCCCCAGUGCCCUUUUCCCUCUCUUUUUGAAAACAGGCAGGGAACAAAACUGCUACUACUCCUGGUGUUGAUAACCACUUCUUCCUGUUGCCUUGGGCAAUGCUACGUUGCUCUGCUCUCAUUUAUUUAUUUUCUCCUUCAACUUCAUCUUUGAAAUGAUGAUGAUACUUGAUUACUACCUGCAGCAAUGUUUUUGACAAGGAGCUGCUGCCUUUCCAACUGCUCCUACACCUGACCAUGGCAGGGACCCAUCCUACCAAGGUCCCCUCUCUGUAGGGGUGUCACUUCUGGAUGGGGGAAUGAUGGAGCUGGGCACAGCCAGCAUGGUGCAUCUUCACUUACCGUGGGAAGGUGGAUGUCCAGCUGCACAUAACACCAGCAUACUGACUAUUUCCAUGCCACUAUAUAUAUAUAUAUAUACAUAUAUAUAUAUGUAUAUAUAUAUAUACAGAGAAGAAUGUUCAGUGUCUGGAAUUAGGAAGCUGCAGAGAUAGAAAAAGCUUUUAUUUAUAGUCCAAAAAAAGCCAUGUAAGUGAUUACGAUGAUGAGGAAACAGUUAAAGUGAAUGCAGUCUCGCCUCUUUCCAGCUUCUCAGUGCUCUGAUUUUGUAACUGAUGUUGCUGUUAAGAACUGUGAGCCCUGCCUUUGUGCUCACAGAACCAGAGAGGGGCACCAAGAUCUGCAUCAGGGACUGAAUCCAUGCCAACAAAAUCCUGCAAGGAAAUCUUUACUCUAAUGCCAAAUGUGUCCAGGCUCAGGCUCUUUUUUGAGAAACACCUUGCUAUGGGAAUCCAACCUGUUUAUUUGCUACUUCAGCCUUUCAAUGAAGCCCUUUGCCUGUGGGUUUCAUGGCACCGAUGGUCUUCAGAAGCUGUUUUUGAAGCUCUUUUUGCAGAAGUCUCACAAAAUCAAAGAGGAGGCCGUUACAAAAUUUGUCUCAACAUUGCAAAGUUCUUUUAUUCAGAUGGCUUCUGUUGUAUUGAAAAUCAAUGAAAUGCUUUUAAAGCAGCGUUCCUGAAGUUCAAACCCCUUCAGCAGAGGAUAUUGCCAACCAGAGGCCCCAGCAUUGCUCUGCUGUGUCUCCCACUCGUAGCUGCCUCCAGUGCCAGCCUGUGGUUUCAAUAAGGUCUCUCCCAGCUGCUUCCUAAUGGCCUGUUUUGAUGUUCCAGCAUAAUAUGGUUCAGCAGUGCUGGUUUCAUUGAUUAGCACGCAAAGCAUGCUCUGAGACUGGAUGCUUCCUGCACUUAGCCAUCCAUGUGGUGUUUCAAAGGGCUGACUGGGAAAGAUGACGUUUCUUUGAGAGACAAGCAAAAAGAUCCCAAAAAGAAAUGUGAAACAAAGAACUGCCAAUAGUAUUUUGUACUGGUCCUUCUCACAGCACAGAAAGCACUGCUGCCUUCCUGCUUCAGCGAGAGGAGAGGUUUUGCUUCAGUGAGCUGACAAAUACACACAAAGCUCAUGACCUCGAGGAGAAACAUCUCUGCUUCCAAACAGCAGUGAGUGACAAAGACCUGGAGAUGCAAGAACAUGACCCAUGCAGUUAAAUCUGUCAGCAUGAAACAUGGACUUUCCUUGCAGAUAGAUGGAGAUCUUGGGCUACAUGUGCUGGAAUGUGGAGCCUGGUCUGAAGGAACCACAGGAUGGCGUGGGUGCUUUUUGUCCCCAUCCAUCCAGGUGACAGUGGUUUAUGUUAUUCACUUCUGUCAAGACUACACAGCUGUAGCAUCUCUUGCUGCAGUGUAACAUUUCCUAAAGGCUUAGCAGCUGAAGGUCCUUGCUCGUUUAUAGCCAUGUCUUUUUUCCUAAGGUGGUUUUCCAGAGGUACAUGGGCUUGUGCUCAAGGUUCUUUCAAGGAGCCUCAUGGAAUCAGUAAGGUUGGAAAGGCCACUAAAAAGCUCCUCCAGACCUGCUCCAAUGGCUUCAUGACAGCCUUACACAGGGUUCCAGAGCUAGGUACAGCCCUCCUUGACAUUUCUGAGAACUCUGUGAAUUCAGAGCAAGCACUUGAGUGAAGCUGUGGGUGCUCCAUCCUCAAAGCCAUGGAUGGGGACCCUGAGCAGUGUGAUCUGCUGGGGAUCACAGUGGGGGGGAGUAUCCAGCCCAUGGCCCAUGGAAGGUGGUUGGAACAGGAUGGUCUUUAAGGUCCCUUUCAACCUACACCCUUCUAUGAGAAGGUUCACUCACUUGCACAUCUGCUGUGAGCCAAGUGGUCACACACCAGUGGGAAAACUCUGCACCUCAAGCACAGUGCUGUUUCUGCAAGCUUCAGUUUUCCCCUAGCCUCCAACUUAAAUCUAUCCAUUUCUAAGCAAGUUGGGCUGGUCUGGGGAAAAGUAGGCAGCAUUUAAAUCAUGCAAAGCCUCACAUUUACAGGAGGUUCUUCUGGCUUUUAUUCACUGCUUAAACACAUGUGCACACGGAGGAGCAGGGCUAGGCUAGGGCAGCAAGGAGAUGUGAGAAUUUUGGGGAGGAAAUUCAGCUUGCCAAACAUGGCAGGAAAGUGGCAGAUUUCUAAUUAAGAUCUGACUUUCCAUUAAGAGGAUCUGAUUUAUCUACACCUGAUAUAAACACGGAUGCUGAAAAAAACACAAUGCUCCUUUUUUUUUCCCCCUUUGCUUUCCAUUUUCCUGCUGUUCUUUGAAACCAAUGCUAUUCCGCCCUCCUCCAGUGCCCUCACCACACAUCUGCAGCAUACUAUGACUUACUGCAGCUUACCAUUUCCUCCUGAAGUACUAAUUUUAAAGAAGGAUUUGGUUUCUGUUUAGCGGAGUGAGGCAGUCCAGCCCUCAAGCCAGUGAAGGCAGAAGCUCUUUCUUCUGUGUCAGAACCAGAUUAGAAGAUUAAUCCCUGCUCCUGCAGGAAGUCCGCAGCAAAACCUGCCCUGGGGCAAGUCCAUGAGAUCAUGCUCCUGUAAUAACUAAGCACAGAUAAAGGAUAGCUUACAAACUGCUGUUCUUAUGCUUUUCCUCCACCAGCACAUGAUCUCAGGUUGGGCAGUAGAGAAAGGCUCUGCCUUUCUGGGGCUGCUGCUGGGGCUCAGGGAGCUCUGAGACACUGCUCUCAGAUACAGGGUUGGAUUUGGGUAGCGCUCGGUGAGCAACUCAGGUUAUUCUGUGAUUCUAUGAUCUUGUGUUCCAAGUAGAAUAAUACUAGGGAAAGCCUUUCUUUGCUGCACAGAGGAUGAAAAUUGCAAAUGUCCUAAGGAUGCCAUGGCACAUCAGGCAUCUCAUGCCUGCAUGACAGCCAGGUAACCCUUGUGCACCAGAACAUGACGACAGCACGGGACUCUCAUGGUGUUCAGGUGGGAUGACUGCCAUGACUGCCCCAUCUCCAGCAGCACUGCCUCUCUGCAGCACCAGGGAGGGCUUCCAAAAGCACCAUGAGCUAACAGGUGAAUGCCUUAGAAGCAUAUCUAUAAAACAGCCCCGCUAGAUACUCAACACAGAAGAUAUUUUUGAGGUUGGAAAUAAUUCAAAAGAAACCUUAAAAAUAAGCUUUUAAGGAUCAGAAACUCACAGCUUGAAGAAAUUUGAGGUUCUCUGGGAAUUGUUUGCCAAGGAAAGCUUCCUUACAGUGACUCAUUCCUUCAAUACCAGGACAGGUUGAAAACAAAAAGCUUGCAAAGCUCAGACAGAACAGGAAGAAGGAUGGAGCUGAGGAAUGAUGCUCUAAAAUACAUUUCCAAACCUGUGAUGUAAGUUGUAUUUCCAUGUUUGUGAGUACUUACUGAGGUCUUCAGCUGGUGAGACACAAGGAGCCACUUCCAAGAGGGAAAAAUGGGUUCUUCCUGUAGGUGGCUGUAGGGAUUGUGACACUGGAAAGGUUUCCAGAGCACUCUUCUUCCAAAGGUCUUUCCAAGAAAGCACAGAUUGCUGCGAAACUAUCACAGAACAACUACAGAAUUCCUGCUGAGAGAUAUAAAAGCUGUUCCCACAUGGAAGCAGCCAAAACAUAGAUGUUUCACAUCUCAUAGGAUCAUAAAAUCAUUUGAGUUGGAAGGAACCAUUAAGGUCAUCUGUAGCGUGACUGCCCUGUGAUAAACGGGAAUUUCAGUAACUGUGCUUUUGGUAUAUCUCAGUGAUGUAUUUAAGAUUGAGCAUAUAGCAGCCAUCGAUGCAGUCUCUUAAGAGGCAAAGUAACAUAUUUGUGUAGAUGCAUUCUAUAUGUUCCAUUUGUUAACUUACACAUGAAACCAUUCAGGCCGUUGUUGGUUGGACAGUCUGGAGAUUGCCAGCUCUUCAAUUUUCACUUCAAUAAAACAAAAAACCCCCAAGGAGAACACUUUCUUUUUUUAAUCAUAGCCAGCCCCGCUUUCUGUAAUGAAGAACUUCUUUUCCAGCCCCAAGAGAGCAAUUCUUUGAAUGUCACUUUCAAACAGCACGAUAGAAAUCUCUGCAAUUUGCAGAACAGAACCCUGCCAUUUGCAGCGUGCAUUGCUUUCCAAUGUAUGAAGGCUGCUCCGAAAGCAAUGCCUCCUAUCUUGUUAUGUCAGCCCAUUAUGUGUUGGUGGGAUGGCAGAGGAUGUUGAACGUUCCCAGCAACAUUCCAUCACGUUCUGUUGCUGAGAAUUUGCUUUAUCAAUUAGUGUUAUUGUGCUCUUCGUAGCUGCUGUCUUUCCCAUGGAAAUAAACAGGAGGCAUUACUUGCAGAGUGAGCUGUGUAUUUACUUUUUGGAGGUUAUUUACAAUUGCAUACUGGUCCAGGUCUCCUGUUCUCAGCACUGCAGAAACACACUAUGUGCCAACACUGUGAAAGACUUCAGACCUAAGGCAACCUAAAGGCUUCUGUCUCAAUUCUGCCCAAAACAGGAAGAUACAUUUUCUGGCAAACUCUGUCAUUAAACAACUGCACCACUCAUGGUUAAUGCUGGUCUUUAAUUAGACAAAAGGCAGCUUUACACACCUGAAACUGCCAUUCAUUGCUGGGAAAGCUGCAGGAUCCGCAGCUGAGUGGAGAAGGAAGGGCACCCUUAAUUUGGCUGAAGAGCAGCUGGUUUUCUUCUCACUCUAAUUAGCUCCUCCAGCAGGCCCUUAUGCUUCAACUCAAUGAGGCUGAAGCACACUCAGCUCAAUUCAGAAAUGGCACAUCAACUAUUUUCAUCAAACGCAUCAAACUCAGAGGGUUCAUUUGUUUGUUCUUUCCGAUAUUAAAGACUAAUUCUGACUUAGACUAAGAGCCUUCCUGAGUGCAUCCACCCCUAGGGAAAGAGCCGUGGCAAUAUGAGAGCAUUCAAUUAGCUGUCUGCUCCAAAUUACUCACGGAGAGGAGUGGAUUGACAUGGACAGACAGCGUGUUUCUUAAGACCCACGUGGGAGGGGCUGCAGUGCUAACAGAGUUUUGGUCCCCUCCUUCAGUAGUAAUGUGAGCUUUGCAUACAGCUUUCUUACCUCGGCAAAGCUGCUCCACCAUUUGCUUUUUCAACCUUCACUUUCAAUGCUCUUUCACACCUGGUAGUGUAGCUCUUCUGCUGCUUUCCUUUGUGGUUCACACCUUACUACAGACCAAAAUAAGGAACUGGAAUCUGUCAUAGUCUGCCGUGUUAUACACACAAUAGAAGGAAAAGUAUCCACAAAGAGUUCAAGAAAUAUUUUGUAUGGUACUAUCAAUUGCCUUUGGGUUGCCAGAAAAUGUCCUAGGUCUGGGAUAGAGCUUCUAGUCAGUGCAGAGGUCGAAUUUAAACCCGUACCUCCAAAUUACAUGUUUCAGCAACCUGUAAGACAAUGGUUAAAACCUCAGAGAAUCACUCCCUUCUCCAUCCCUGCUUAAAAAUUACACAAAAUCUGAGAGGUUGGGUUGUUUUUUUGUUGUUUUCUGUUUUUAUCCCAUAGGAACUUAAAAAUAUUUCAAAAAUUAAAAAAAAAAAAAAAUUAAUUACAACCUUUCAGUAUGUUUUUUUUUUUUUUCUUCUACUCAUGUCUUUUCAGACCAGGAAAACCUCUUAUUUCUUACUCAUAAUUACCUGAAAUCAAGGCCCUACGGGUCUAAGGUAACAGAAACAGCUAUAAGAAAAGCACACAGUGAACUGAGCUCUGGCAGAGGACUGUGCAGACUAUAAAUCAUAAGUUGGAUUUGACCUUUUUCCUAUCGUAGCUGAAGAGAGAUCAAUAGGAAUUGCUGGCAGUGAGACAGAAGGGACAUUUCUUCUCCUUAGCUGUGCUUUCUAAGUGAGAGCAGAUGUUCAGUGAAGGAGGAAAACACGUGUACCUCAGCAAUGGAUCAGCACAACUGCAAUCCUAGCAAGGUGUAAGAACCAGUAAUCAUCUAACAAGGCAUCAUCUAAAGAAGCCUCCCCUUGAAUACACAGAAGCUGCCAGCAUCCACUUCCAUCUUCCUGUGAAGAGGGCUCAGGCACGCUUUGCUGAAGGAGAACUGUCCUGCAGAGGACAGCAAGUUUAAAAGAUCAAUACCUCGUCUAUUCUAAACCCCUUUGAAUUACUGCUUGUUUUUACCUUACCCUUGAGCCUUACAAUGAAGAGCAACAAUCAAGAGCAAAAUGCAGUCACAGCUCUGCCUUCCCCACAGGGAAUCAGAUAUCAACAGGAAGAAGAGAGCCUCAGCAUCCUCAACACAAACAUGCAUGCACUGAGAACGUUCCCCUUUUCCCUGUAUGACUCAUGGGUCAGGAUCCCUCUGCACUCUGUUUUUAAAGAAAUCAAAGAUUUCCAAAGUGUGCACGAGUGGGCAAUAAAACAUAAAACAUUCAUUCCUAAAAAUAUCACCCAGCCAGCCUUGCCUGGAUUGUCUGUUAGAAAAGUACUUCUUAUUUUUUCACACUGAAAUCAAUAUUAGGCUUCUCCAGGUCUACUCUAGCCCACAUGGGCUAACUAGAUGUACUAGGCCUAAAAAUACACUGCGGUGCAAGACAUAGGAAAACAAUUUAACCUGCUUCUUGCACAGAGUAAGAAAUGGAAAAGUAGUAAAACAUCUGUGAAAGUGUAGCUCCAUAACAAAACUGUAGUGAUCAGGUAGCUGAGUUGUAAGGAAUCGGCAAAGCAGCUGAAAGAACAGACCUGGGGCUGCUGCCAGGUGAGCAGCAACUUCCAGCAGAGGCCAAACACAUGCAACACUUGCUGCUGAGUUCUUGGCAAGUUUUAGGAACCUCAGUGCAACUGCAGAGGGAAUAAAACAGAGGAGAUUUCCAAAACCCAUAGGCUUCCCAAUGCAUUUUUAAGAGCCUGUUUUCAUCUCUGCAAGAGUUGCAAGCAAUUCCCAACUCCCGCUUGUUACAACUAAAAUAAUAAUAAAACCACUCCUAUCUCUCAGGAAAAGUCCAGUGAUAUUCACCAUAACUUGGCACACAUGGCAAAAGCAUCAGUUCAGCUAUGAAACUGAAGUUCAUACAGGCACUGCACAUUCACUGUUUUGUAGACAGAGCAAAACAACCAUACGAACAUUUCCAUCCAAAAGGAAAUAGAUAAACAACUUAACCAUUUAUUUGACUGCAUUGUAUUUAGACAGCUUGUACAUUUCAUAACCCCACUGUUUUUGUUCUCAUCGAAAAGGAUAAAGGGACAGAAGAAUAUAAUCCACUCAAAACAGCAGUCCAGUAUUUGGAGAUACACUUGACAUUUCCAUAGAUGCCCCUCUGAUACCUAAACUCCAAUACAGGUUGCAAUGCUUAUACAAGACCUGAACAUUUUGAACAAAGCACUCGGUUUGAGCAACGCCUUGUGGUGCCCUGGAAAAGUUUGUGAUUCACUAUGCAAUGCCAAUUAGACUAUGCCUGCUUUUCUUGUGGGUGAUGAACCUGAUCAUUUCCUUAAAAAAAAAAAAGGCAAAAAAAAACCCCAAACAAAACAAAGAAAAAAAAACAAAAGAAACCCAACAUAACGCAAACAUCCAUACCUGACAUGUCAGCAAAUAGCAGUGUUUGGGCAAAUCUAAAUAAAAACUCCUUAGCUAGAUUUGUCAAUGCAAAAGGUAAGGAGGAGUGGAACUGUGUUUUAACAACAGACACGAGAAAUAACCAAGCUCCUUUUUGCUAAAUUCGUUUUGAACAUCUGUGUUCACCUCUCUGCAAUUCUUGACUUCCCACUUGAGACCCAAUUCCAAGCAACACAGAGAAUAAAUCUGCUUCAUUUAACGUAAGCCAAUGCAUACAGCUUCAGUCUCUUCCGUAGUGAACUGUGUGUUACACAGCAGCAAAACGAGAACCUUUCAGGCAGUGUGCUCUUUGAAAAGAAACACACACCUAUCUUGCGCAGCGUUUUCAAAGAUGGCAUGGUAAGAAUGAAUUACUUCUUACAAUAAACAGAGCUGUAUCUGAAGUUUGCUCAGCAGUGCUGGUAUUUUUCGGCAGUACCUUCACAAAAAGUGACGUAGGCUAAGUUUCAAGUCUGCUCUCAAACUCAAGACACCCACAGCUUAAAUAUUAACCUCCAGAAAACUUGCUUGUCUGGCUUUUCAGUUUUUAAACAUCAGCAGGCACACAAGAUAGCCUACUCUGCAGUUUGCAGCCCAGCAGCUGCUAACAAGGAACGAAGCUUCUCUUAUCUGCCUCCUUAGUUCAAGCAAGCCAGAGCAGGCGUUACUUUCCAGACGACUUGAAUACAUCUGGGAAAAGCCUGUUUCCAUCAAUUCAGCAUUCCCAACACUUUAGCCUUCACCUCCUGAAGAACUGCUCUAAAUAACUGGCAAACCAGAGGGGGUAGGAAAAUUUGAACAGAAGGUUUUGCUCUGAACUCUGCAAAUAAGAUUCCAGUUCACAGCACUAAUUCAGGCACCAUUUUAAGCGAGUUUUCCUUACUGAGGGGAAACAAGCCCUCUCAGAAACACAGCGUUUCCAGGCAGAAAACUCAGAAGGGCCAAUUUCUACUACAAGUCUUCAUUUUCAAACACAACUCAUCGUUUGUACCUGGUAAGAAAUGCCCAUCACCAUUUGCGAUCGGUCUGCGCAAAAUAAGGCUUUCCUUUAAAUCCAGUUUUCCUGCACAGGGAUCUUUUCCACAUGUUAAUGGAGGUAGGGUUUUUUUUUUGUUUGUUUCUGAUUUUUUUUUUUCUUUAAAUGUACAGUAAUUAACAUAAACAAAACAACAACAAAAGACUCAAACCAAACCCUAAAGAAAAAAAAAAUAAGUGUAAGGCAAAUCUGAAGAGUACGCUUAACUACCAAAGAGCAGAUUCAUUGAGAGCUCAUCCUUCCCCCCUCUUCUCCCCUGCAGACUCUUCCAGAAGUCAACUAAUACUUUUUUUUUUUGAAGUGGAGGAAAAAUAAAAAUAAAAUAAAAAUCCCAACCAACCGAUUCAUAGAACUGAGCUAUAGAGCCACGCUGAACAAGAAAGCCUGGACACUGUAAUUACUGAACAGAUUGAUGGGUAUUGUUAAAACCUGUGUAAGCCCAAUUGAGACAGAAAGUGAGAGAGGAAGAGGAGGAAGAGGAAGAGAAAUCUCUUCCCCAUCGCUUCGAUUUUGGAAGGAAAAAAAAAAAAAUCCCCCAAUAAU